GCUAGAGGAGGUGAAUGGAAAAAAGACAGAGGAGGAGCUCAGCCCUGCAUUCCACAGUCUCCCUACCGAAACCACUGAUCCCCCCUCUCCCUUCUCUUCAGCCUCGGUUUGUGUUCCCUUUUUCUGCUAUUUAUGAGAGAGGCGGUUCUGCUUGGGAAGGAAGCUACCAUUCCUACACAACGGGGGAUGCCGAAUCAGCUGGACCAGAGAUACAGACAUGCUCUUUUCUCCUCCCCCAUUAGUUUCUUCUCAAUAGUCUGAUCCCGUAAAGGAGGGGUGGAUGGGGAGUUAUCUGGCAGCCAGCUGAUCUUUGCUGUGGUAGUCUGCGAGGGAAAGAAGGAGACUGCAAACUCUUCGUUACUUAGCUGCACUGAGAAAGAGGAAGCUGUGAGAAAACAUCAACAGUCGCGUGAGAGGAAGGAAGCAACUGAGCUUUUGAGACGAAAACAUGAAGCUCGACUUCAAGACCACGAGAAGCGUUGCCUACCACUGAGAAAAACAUCUGCAAGACAGGAGGAGAGAAAAAGAAGGAAGGGGAGACUGACUCACUUGUUUGGAUUUGCCCACAAGGUGUUCCUGUAGACGCUUGGCGUGUCACCAGCAAGAGGUCGAAGAUGUCUUGGCUGUCACCAGUGCAGUGGGCCAAAUGGACCUGGUCGGCCGUUAGAGGAGGAGGGGAGGAAGAAGGUGAGACUUAUUUGGGGAUGGACGACGAAGCCCUUUCGGAAGAGGCGCGAGAGGCUAUACCAAAAGAUCGAGAGGACGACGAAAGGUCUCAUGGCUGCAGUUCGGACUCAGAGGGCCAAUUUGAGACACCUGAAGCUGAGACGCCUGUACAUCAGCCAUAUGAAGAACCACCAGCACUGGAUCAACCAAUCACAGAGAGCACAGGUUUCCCAGAAGUAAAUCAUUUGACCUCCAUCACAACUAAAACCCAGAACCUGACCCUGGACGAGAGCUUUCCUGAGGAUGCACCUGCCUCGGUGGUGCAGCAGAGCAGUGUGGACCCAACCCCAGCCCUGAACCUCAGGAACCAGCCUUCCUCUGCUGACAUGGAUGUGGACCAACCCGAUCCUGCUGAAGCAGGAACAACAGAUGACACCAACACCUGCAAUGGUCACAUUGAAGAGCCAUCCUCCAAACCACAGACCAAGUCCCUCAAGACUAGACCUCCUUCCCUUAAGGUAAAGGCCCCACUGAAUGGUGUAGACCCCAACGAGGUGGAUGACGAUCCUCCGAUACUUCCAAAGGGGAGCUACAGCUUUGACCCUAAUCAGUCUGAUGAUGCCAUAAAUCAAUUCGCUACCAGAGGGUCCAAGUUGCAGAACUCUCCGCCUGCCAGUAUUCCUAAAUCAGACGUGACAGAUGAAAUGCCUGCUCAGCCAGUAAUGCUGGAGUUUGGACUUGAUGAUGCUGAAGCAAAGAGACCUCCACCCAAGAGGUCUGGAAAGAAGACAAGCAGCAAGCUGACUACUCCAAAAAAACAAAGACCAAAAGCUGCAGAAACAGCAGCUCCACCACUGCAGACAUCAUCAGAACAAGACCAACCGCCAUCUGAGGACACUGAUGAUAUUCCUAUUCCUAAAAAAUCCUACAACUUUGACCCAAGUCAGUGGGACGAUCCCAACUUUAAUCCUUUUGGUGGGAACAGUAAACUUAGUAACUUGCCAACACUUCCUGAAGGAUCAUAUAAGUUUGACCCUGAUAACUUUGAUGACUCUAUUGAUCCUUUUAAGCCAUCAAAGACCUUAGGUGGAAGUGACACGAUUAAACCAACUCCUGAGGAGCUUACAGACAAACACAAACCAGAGGGAUCUGUGGAGCAGUGGAAAAAAUCAGGACAGUCUCCGAAGAAAAACAAAGACAGGAUCAUUACGAACUCAUGUAAAGUAAAGAAGUAUGAGAAUCAGUCCUUAGUCCUGGAUGUCUGCAAUCAGGAGAAAGACGAGCAGGAAGAUCCAGCAUCUAAACUGCCCCACCGCGUUCAUCACGCCACAGAUGAGGAGAAGUUAGCCUCCACUGUCAUGGGCCAGAAGGACGGGCCGGAGGAUUUUUCAGACUCCACCGAAACAACCACCUCUACUAAGACUGCAGACGAUCUGCUAGUGGGCAUAAGAGACCAGUUUGAUGAGAAGGACCUUUCCUCUCCUAGUGAGAGUUUGUGUAAGACUCUGAGCUCUUCAGACAGUGAGACCAUAGUGAAGACGAGUCCAGGGCUGGAUUCAAUUCCUCUCAGUGAGAUAGAUAAAGCAGCUGUGCUCACGCUGAUCAGAGAAGAGAUAAUUGCCAAAGAGAUCGAAGCCAAUGAGUGGAAGAGGAAAUAUGAAGAGAGUAGACUGGAAGUUACUGAAAUGAGGAAAAUAGUGGAUGAAUAUGAGAAGACGGUAGCUCAAAUGAUAGAAGAUGAGCAGCGAAAGAACAUUGGAUCCCAGAAAAGCGUCCAACAGAUAACCUUGGAGAGAGAUCAGGCCCUCGCAGACCUCAACUCAGUGGAGCGCUCGCUCUCCGACCUGUUCAGACGCUACGAAAACAUGAAGACCGUUCUCGAGGGGUUUAAGAAGAAUGAGGAAGUGCUAAAGAAGUGCGCUCAGGAAUACCUCACACGCGUGAGGCAGGAGGAACAACGUUAUCAGACCCUCAAAAUCCACGCAGAGGAGAAACUUGACAAAGCAAAUGAGGAAAUAGCUCAAGUGCGAUCGAAGGCCAACGCAGAGAGCGUGGCACUGAACGCCAGCCUGAGAAAAGAGCAGAUGAAGGCAGAGUCCCUGGAGCGGGCGCUCGAACAGAAGAAUCAAGAGAUUGAAGAGCUUUCUAAGAUUUGUGACGAGCUCAUUGCAAAAUUGGGCACCACGGACUAAGAGGAAGGAGAAUCUGCUUAUAUUGCCCUCUCUGACCCAAACCCACCCUGACCAAGAAUGCCACUGGAUCUCCCAAUGGUGUUUUUUUUUUUUUUUUUUUUUUGGAAAGGAGUCACUUUUCCAUGGAUCUGGUUCAGGCACUGGGAGAAACAAGAUAUGAGCUGAAGAAUCAAAUAAAAGAGUCCCAAAUGUUUUUACAGAUUCAUAAAAUGCUGAUGUUGGACUUGCACCUAUAUUUGGUGGUGUAAUGUCUUUGAAGACGGUGGGAAACACCACCCACAUAUCUGAUUCUGAUCUCAUUUCUGCUGGCUGUUCUGAGCGUUUGGGAGAGCCUCUGAGUGUGUGUUCAGGUGUAAAGAAACAGACACGGGAUGAGGGUCACUGGACUUGUUCUUAGUUUACAUGAUCGCACUGCUGCUAUUUGUAACGGAGGGAGCAAAUCAUAUUAUUUACAACUUUUUAGUUACAUUACUUGCUUUGGAAAGUAAACCUGUGUAAUUAUUUGUUUAUAUAUUAGAGGUUCUGAUAUACAUUUAAGGACUGUUCUGAGUUCAGUACAAGGUGAAAUCAUUGGUGGUAUAAUGUUGAUUACCAUCAAAAUGUGUCUGUAAAAAAAGAAAAAAGAAAACCACACAAUUCUGGGUUACAGAACUCCUAGCAGAGGUGCCAUUUACACAAUGGAAGUAAAUGUAAAUAUAAACAUGAAAAUAUUCAAUAUUUCAAUAGUAUGGCCACUAGAAGUACACAAUAUGCGUGUUAACAUGAUUUUAGUGUGAAGAAUUGCUUGCCUAACCUUUUUUUGUAUAAAGUUAACUGACAAUACUACGUCAUUACCAUUAAAACAUAAAGCCUUAAACACUAAAACCCUAAAAUUCUGAUUUAAUUAUAUUUAGAGCUCAAAUAAUUUAAUAACAAAUUAAUGAAAGUGCUUUUAUGAAAUUAGAAGCUGCACAUUUCUUUAAAUCCCAUUCACUUUAAUUGUAAGAGCCUCACCAUUGCCUCAUUUAUUUAUUUAUUUUUUAAAGAAAAGAAGGGAUGAGUCAAAAUGACAUUUUGUGCUAGUCAAAAUUCUGCCACAAAUGCUGUCGAGUUGAACUUGUACUGAACCUGGAAUAUUAUUUCACCGAGUAGCUUUCAGCAUAUUCAAAGCUGUUAUUGAAGAGAGUUGGUAGACGUAGACGGUUGUAGUUCCAUCCAUUGUUUUCUUACUCCCUGUGUGUUUAGGUGCCAAAUUAUCAUAAUUGAUCAUAUUAGGUGAGCUCUGGUGUUACUAGAUGCUCUGAUGGGUGACUUAUUUCUAGCCAUGAAGUCAUAAUCAUCCGAUCAAAUGCUUGCUUUCAAAAUUUAACAGCACAAAAGCAAAUCUAACUGAAAGCACUUAAACUUUCUUUGAUUAAUGAAUUACUUUGGUUUCAAAGUCUGCAUGAAGUACAAGUUUACACUCCGUUUAACUGAGCUGUGUCAAAUGGACCGAAUCAUUUUCAAAACAUUUAAUGAAGUCAUUUCAAGAAUUGACAAUCUUUUGCCAGACUUGCUAAAGUAUGUGAGUAAAAAGGCUGAAGUGAUGCUUUCUACUGGCUCUUGCUUCUUUUUUUUUACCCACAAUUCCUUUGUGCUAUCUUAUGCAAUAUUUUUCAGCUCGGAAUGAUCAACUGCCAAAUGAAACCGCUGUCCAUGUGCCAAACAUUACCAGCUCGUGUGGAGAAGUCGAGCCUGUAAAUUGUCAUGUUGUUGUUUCAGGAGCGUGUUGGUGUUCUUUACAGUACUCACUGACCUGUGUAUAUUUUUAAUGAGAACAUGAUAUUUUAUUGUGUUAUUAAUGUUUGUAAAGUGGAUGAGAAAGAGACAGUUGCACAGAAACCCUGUUGACUAAUAUAUAUUUUGUGCAUAAAUGCAUUCCCUGAAUAAAAUAAAAAAAAUCGCUUGA